AUGCCCGAUUUUGGCAACGGCGCGCUCGACACCCCGCGAACAAACGUUGGCGACGCAACUUACCUUGGACAGCCCGACUUUGGCGACAUUACACAAGAAGCAUCAUUCCAAUCACCUCCAAAGGACGGCAACUUGCUACAACAACUUCGCAAUGGCCGCUCCAAUGGCAUUAAUCUUCGCACCCCGCGCCAAAGAGGGCCCUUGGCCGACCGACGAAAUCUUCCUCCCAGCGUGGGAGGUGCCGAAUUCACGCCCUUACUCAAGUCAGCGACCAGAAAUAGCGUGCGACGCUUCGGAAAAGAGAAUGGCGUGGCGGUGCCAAAUACGCCUGCGCUGGACAAGAUCGAUGAGGGUGACUUGACACCAGUCCCUCGUGGCGACACAUCCAUAUACAUGGGAUCGCGCAACCAGUCUUAUCUGGAAAACACCAUACCUGAGGUCGAUACAAGUAGCGCCACAUCGACCCCGUUGACGGUUCCCCGGAGGAGAGGCGGCGAUAAGGGACCCCUACAAGAUGGUAAUCAGCUGUCGCUGCGAGAACAAGAAAACGUGAUUGAUAGGAUUGAGAAGGAGAACUUUGGACUGAAGCUCAAGAUUCAUUUCCUUGAAGAAGCACUCCGAAAAGCAGGGCCUGGCUUUAGCGAAGCCGCCUUGAAGGAGAAUACCGAACUCAAGGUUGACAAAGUCACGAUGCAAAGAGAACUUCACAAAUACAAGAAACACUUGACAACUGCUGAGAAGGACCUAGAGAGCUAUCGGCAGCAAAUGCUCGAGGUGCAGGAAAAGGCUAAACGAAAGUAUGCCAACCAGAGUAACCAAGCCGAGAUGGACAAGUUGCAGCGCCUAUUAGAGGACCGCGAGGCGGACAUCGAAGAUCUUCAGCGACAAUUACAACAACAAAGAGGAAGCAACGAUCAGGUCGAAAAACUACAAGACGAUAUUGGAGACCUCGAAGCAGACAUUCGGGAGAAAGACCGACAACUUACCGAACGCGAAGACGAACUAGAAGAUUUGAAGGAUCAGAUGGAGACUCUGAGAGACAAGGCUACAGAAGCAGAAGAGAAGGCCAAGGAUACUCAGCGCAAAAUGGUGGCGCUGGAGGAGAAGGCUCAGCACAACGAUGAGCUCGACGAUGCCAAGGACACAAUCCAAGAUCUCGAGCACAAUAUUCGCCGUCUGGAAGAACAGGUCGAAGAUGCGAAAUCCAAGAUGGAGGAAGCUAUGGCUGAAAAAGAUCGAGCGGAGAAUGACCUUGAAGAACUACAGGAUGACAUGGCCAACAAGUCCGUUGUCACAAAGGGACUCUCUCGUCAAAUCGAAGAAAAGGUCGCGCGCUUGCAAGAGGAGCUCGAUCAAUCUGGCCAAGAGUAUGCGACUCUGGAGAAGGAACACAACAAGGUGGUCCAGGAAAACAAUUCUCUGCAAUCCGCUGUCAAAGAGCUCAGGAAGAGCCAAGAGAGGUUCGAUCGCGAGCGGGAUUCUUUGUCAACUAGAAUCGAGGAGCUUGAAACCGACCUCAACGACCGUACCGACGAGAAGAGGAUACUUCAAUCCCGACAUGAUAGCCUACUAUCCGAAUCCAAAUCCCUGCAGAGCGAAAUAGAGAAGUUAGAGGGAGAGUGCCAAGAACUUGAGGAAGGCCUUGCAGAGGAAAGGGAACAUGCGCUUGGGAUUGAGAAGGACAUCCGUGGCCAGUACAAAGCCGAGAUGGAUCGCCUGAAUGACGAAAUCUCAGAUCUCCAGGCUGAAAUUCGAGAGAAGGACAACCUUUAUGAUAACGACAGCGAAAAAUGGGAAACAGAAAAGCAAAAUCUUGAGUCAGAGCGCAAACGCGCCGAGGAGAAAGCAGCGGGUCUGCAAAGAACCAUAGAUCGCCUCAAAGAGGUGGAAGGAAAUAUCUCAGACACGGAAUCGAAGCUGCAAAUAGCCAUUCAGAGCGAGACUGAGCGACACAGGAGCGAGGAAGGUCUUCUCACCCGACAAAUCGAGGAUCUUCAAGACGCGCUAGAGACCCGUCAGACACUCCUUACCAAUUUGCGCAAUGAACUUUCUGCAGUUCGUGACGAGUUACGACAAACACAGAUUGAGCACCAGGCCCAAACCCGAAAGGUCGCUGCCCUAGAAGAUGAAGUAGACGUUCUGCAAACAACCCUCGAUGACGAGCAAAGCGCUGGACGUUAUGAGGCCGAGGCUGCCAAACGAGAAUGCGAGGAUCUCAAAGAGCAAUUACGAGGAUUACGACAACGUGGCAAUGGGGCGGCAUCUCAUGAGCUUGAUGAUCUGAAGGAAGAACUCAAGACAUGGCGACAACGAGCCGAGACAGCGCAAGCCGCCAUCUCUACUUCAGAACAAGAGGCCAAACAGUCUACGGAGUCCAUGACAAGAAUGAAGUGGCAGCUUUCAGAUGCAAACUCUCAACUAGACAAGGUGUCCAAGGAGAAACAAUCUCUCCAAGACCAGGUAGCCAAAAUCAACGCCGAGCUGCAUUCUGUGAGGACUUCUCUGGCCGAAGUCAAAGCAGAGCGUGACGAACUUGACGGCGAGAUUCGCCGGACAAAGCUCCAUGACAAUGAGACUCUUCGCGUUGACCAGGAGAGACUCGACCUCCGUACGGCCAAGCUCAAACUUGACAAUGAAGUGCGUCGCCUAAAGGAUGAGAACAAGGCUCUAAUUGAGCAACGAGAUGUGAUUGAGAAGAACCUCGAGGACGAGAUCGAGAAGGCCGCUGAGGAGGAGGAGCGUCUAGGUCAGGAGAUUCUUCAAUUACAGACCAAACUACGAACAUCAUCGUCGACAGACAAUCAUGAUCUCGCUGCCGCUCGUCGCACCAUUCGCGAGCUUGAGCGUCGUGUCGAGGAUUACGAGGCUCAGCUCAACAAUACCCGCCAACUGCCAAACAACUUUGAAGGCAGCAGCGAGCUAUCUUUAGUCCGUAAGGAUCUCUCUGCAGCUCGUCAAAAGGAGCUAGAAUUCCUUCAAAAAGAGACUUCAAACCGCGACGUGGUCAAAGGUCUGAAGCGACAGAUUGCUGAUCUUGAGCGCCAAGUGCACGAGACUGAAGUUUCUCGUUUGAUUGCGUCUCCAAAGUCUUCCGCCACUGAUUCGGGUCGCAAGACGGAGGUCACUGAACUCCGAAGCCAACUUUCCGCAGCGCAAAAGUCAAUCAACGAUCUCAAAUUCAAGAACAGAGAAGCCGAGCGCAAAGCUAUGCAAGUGUCGCAAGACUUCCAACGCCAGCUGGAUGACCUCGAGGAUCAAAAGAUAGUACUUGAAGAGGUUCUUGAGGAAGCUAGACAACAGGCCGAGGAGACGGCAGCCCAGCACGAACGCGCGCUUCGCCGAAUGAAGCACCAGCUUGACAAGGCGGAACGCGAACGUAAUACCUUGGCGACGUUGCAGCCCAACACCAGCAAGCAUGACCGGCAGCUGAGAAAGAACCAGGCCGAGAUGGAGAACCUUGAACAUGAUGUUCUACAGCAACAAGAACUUAUCGACAGCCUUGCCGCCUCUGAAGCUUCUCUCCGACGUAAGCUUGAGCGAGCUCGUAAUGAGCGGGCAGCGUUCCGCAUGAGCGCCGAGAAGUUACAAAAGGAUCUUGAGCGUGUCAAGGCCGCAGCAGUCGCUGCUAGAGCCGGAACUUCAGACCGACGAAGCGCAGUAGAUCGCAAGGCUCUUGACCUAACUAUUGAGGGGGCUGAUCAAGCUCUCGAAACCGUUAUUCGCGCAGCUGAGAGUGCCGACGAGCGUCACAAGAAGGAGUUACGAGGCAUGUUGAUGCAGAUGGAGUGGAUGCAGGCUCGAUUCAAGCGCGAAGCCUCCCUAAGGGCCGAUGCCGCAUAUGCAAAGAAGUUCCUCCAACUGCAGCUUGACGUCGCCAAUGCAUGCAACAAGGCUCAAAUCCGAGAGCUCAAGAAUAUUCGCACAAACCUCCUUGGCAACAAGAAAGCCCUCGCCCUACCUAGUCACGCAACAGCCAGCAACUCAUCCACCACUAAGCCUACGCUCAAGACGUUCCUCGUCAUGGCACGCUUCAUUGCUCGUGUUCGCCUGUCGGCUAACAACUGGGCUCAACAAGAGGUUGUGCGUCGCAAGAUUGUGAGCGCAACUGAAGAACAGCGCAAGGUGAAGCGAUCGAAACAACUCAAGGUAGUCAAGGCUGAAGCCUAA